AUGCUAUCACGUAGCCAAAUUCACAUUUCAUCACGCCGCCUCGCAGGAGCUACAUCCCAAUCACUUCUCCGAGGUCAGCCAUUAGCAAGAGUAGCCGGGCUUAGUGCUCGGCUGCCACCAUCAUCAGACAAUGCCAUCACAUUAACCCAAUCUGGUGCUCGCCCUUGGCGGUUGCUACCCAUCACAGCCGUCAGGCACUAUGCCAAUGGUCGACCGCAUCCUCCAGGCGGCACCCACCGCAUGAACAUGGGCGGCGGAGAGGAGGAGAAGCCAGCCCUGGAACAGUACGGCAUAGACCUCACGGCCAAGGCGAAGGAGGGUAAGCUGGAUCCCGUCAUAGGCCGCGAUGGCGAGAUCCAACGGACCAUCCAGGUGCUAUCUCGCAGAACCAAGAACAACCCGGUCUUGAUUGGAAACGCAGGAACAGGAAAGACGGCCAUUCUGGAAGGAUUGGCUCUGCGUAUUGUCCGGGGUGACGUGCCGGAGAGCAUCAAAAAUAAGCGUGUCAUCAGUCUGGACUUGGGCUCGCUUAUCGCCGGUGCCAAAUUCAGGGGUGACUUUGAGGAGCGCCUGAAAAAGGUUCUCACCGAGGUUGAGCAAGCCAAUGGACAGGUCAUUCUCUUCAUUGACGAGCUCCACACCUUGCUUGGGCUGGGCAAGGCAGAAGGCUCCAUUGAUGCCUCGAACCUACUCAAGCCUGCUUUGUCUCGGGGCGAGCUCCAAUGCUGUGGAGCAACGACGCUGAACGAGUACCGGCUUAUUGAAAAGGAUGUUGCACUGGCUCGCCGUUUCCAACCAAUUCUCGUCAACGAACCCACUGUAGAAGACACCAUCAGCAUUCUGCGUGGCAUCAAGGACAAAUACGAGGUCCACCAUGGAGUUCGCAUUACCGAUGGCGCCCUUGUUGCAGCUGCCGCCUACUCGAACCGGUACAUCACAGACCGGUUCCUACCAGACAAGGCCAUUGACCUCAUGGAUGAGGCAGCCAGCUCGCUCAGGCUGCAACAGGAAAGCAAACCCGAGGACAUAAUGCGUCUUGAUCAAAAGAUCAUGACCAUUCAGAUCGAACUUGAAUCCCUACGCAAAGAGAAGGAUGUGGCCAGCCGCGAACGCCGCGAAAAGCUUGAGGCCGAUCUCAAAAAGCUGCAAGACGAGGUGAAGGAGCUCAACGACAAGUGGGACAAGGAGCGCUCCGAAAUCGACGCCAUCAAACAGACACAGGCAGAACUCGACCGGGCACGCAUCGAACUCGAGGUUGCCCAGCGUGAGGGCAACUUCGGUCGUGCCUCUGAGCUCCGCUUCGGCGUCAUACCCUCCCUAGAAGCCAAGCUGCCCAAGGAAGGUGAAGAAUCAAAAACUGACGGCAGCCUACUCCACGACUCCGUGACUGCCGAUGACAUCGCCAAUGUCGUCUCACGCAUCACGGGCAUCCCAGUCUCCAAGCUGACAUCUGGCCACAUCGAGAAACUGGUGCACAUGGAAGAGACGCUCCGGGAGGCGGUUCGCGGUCAAGACGAGGCCCUACACGCCGUCGCGGACGCCGUCCGCCUGCAACGCGCCGGCCUCAGCGGCGAGAACCGCCCCACGGCGUCCUUCUUCUUCCUCGGCCCCACGGGAGUCGGCAAGACGGAACUCUGCAAGAAGCUGGCCGGCUUCCUGUUCUCGACUGAGUCUGCCGUCGUGCGCUUCGACAUGAGCGAGUUCCAGGAGAAGCAUACCAUCAGCCGCCUCAUCGGCGCCCCCUCGGGCUACGUCGGCUACGAGGACGCAGGCCAGCUGACCGAGGCGGUGCGCCGCAAGCCCUACGCCGUGCUGCUGUUUGACGAGUUCGAAAAGGCGCACCGCGACAUGUCGGCGCUCCUGCUGCAGGUCCUCGACGAAGGGUUCCUGACCGACGCGCAGGGCCAUAAGGUCGACUUCCGCAACACCAUCAUCGUCUUCACGUCGAACCUAGGCGCCGACAUCCUCGUCGGCGCCAACCCGGCCGUACCCUACAAAGAACUCCCCGACGGCGCCAUCAGCCCAGACGUCAAGACCGCCGUCAUGGACGUGGUGCAGUCGCGCUACCCGCCUGAGUUCCUCAACCGCAUCGACAGCUUCAUCGUCUUCAAGCGCCUCUCGCUCGAGGCCCUCCGUGACAUUGUCGACAUCAGACUGAAGGAGCUGCAGGGCCGCCUGACCGACAGGCGCAUCACUCUCGAGGCCUCGGGCGAGGUCAGGGACUGGCUCGCAGAGAAGGGCUACGACCCCAAGUACGGCGCGCGCCCGCUCAACAGGCUCAUCACGGUUGAGAUUGCCAACCGCCUGGCGGACAGGAUCAUCAGGGGUGAGAUCAAGAGCGGCGAUACGGCGCUCGUGAGAAUCACCGAAGACAAGACCGCCCUGGAAGUCGUCAAGGCCGAGGACAAUGCGACUCAAUGA